AUGUUUCCGCAAACUCAUCACGUCGAAUGUGUCGUUACCCUGGUGUCCAAACCGGCAACCGCCGAGGUAGUUCUCGCGUCGGCGUCUCCCCGUAGGAGAGAACUGCUGACUGCCCUGGGCAUUGAUUUCCGCGUCGCGCCUUCCGACAUAGCGGAAGAUCCGGAACCUGGUGAGACCCCCAAGCAGAUGGUGCGCCGGCUGUCCCGCGAGAAGGCACUGGCCGUUUCGCUGGCCGAGUCGCUGCCGUCCGGCUAUUACGUUGCCGCCGACAGUACCGUGGUACUCGAUGGCGAGUCCAUCGCCAAACCCGCGGAUGCCGAAGAAGCCCGAGCGAUGCUCACCCGACUGCGCGGUACGACGCAUCAGGUGGUCACCGGCUUCACCGUUUACGAUGCGGCAACCGGGCGCUGCGUCACCGACUCCAACGCCGCUGAUGUGCAGAUGCGCGAUUUCAGCGAUGCGGAGAUGGAAGAGUCCAUCGCCAGCGGCGUUCCCAUGGACAAAGCCGGCGCCUAUGCCAUUCAGGACGCGGAUUUCAGGCCCGCGUCGCUUCUGUCCGGUUGCUACUCCAAUGUGAUGGGAUUGCCCGCCUGUCGUGUGGUGAAAACCUUGGCCGAGAUGGGGUGUUCGCUGCCCGACCGUGCAUCCAUGUCGGUCCCGGCGGGAUGCACCGUUUCCUGCACUCUGGGCUCAGUGUCGCCCUGA